GCACAGACACAGCCGCCGGUGUCGGUGCCCGAGGCAGGCGUUGGGCUGCGGAAGGGCUGCCUCCAGGCUGGCACAGCGGUGCCAGCCGGUGACGAGGGGUUUGGAGGGGCUGCUGGUGGCGGCUUGUUGGAGAAGGAGGAUUGAGCCCGGGGAGAGGAGCCGCUUGUUUGGCUCUGGAGGCGAGUUCAGGGCUCAGCCUUUGCCUGGCAGAGAUCGGGAGGGCACAGCCUGGGAGCUGCCGGGGGCUCCUGUGAAGUGCUGCCGGCUGGCAUCAUCCGUGGCCACCUCCCCGAGCCAGCGGCGCAGGGCAGCGUGCCAGCAGAUCAGCUCAACCCUGGGGACGAUGAGGACUGUCACAGCUGAGAGCCAGCCAGGUCCAGGACCCGGAGGAGCUGCCAAGGCGAGGUGCCACGUCUGAGGCCGGGUGUGCUGAGCUGCGCCGGAGCCGUGCCGGAGCCCCGCGUCGCCGCGGCCGGCAGCAGAUGCUCCGUGCCCGGUGCGUGGAGCCCUCGCCGCGGCCGGACCAGGCGGAUGGAAAGCUGCAGCCCGGCAGGGAGCCUCGCUGGCCGGCUGACGCCAUCCCUAUGCCCGAGCCCUAUGCCGGAGCGGGAGCCCUCCCCGGCUCAGCCGCCCGCCGACCAUGAAGUGCUCUUUGCGCUUCUGCUUCCUCUCCACCGCCUUCCUGCUGGUCUUCGUCAUGUCCCUCCUCUUCACCUACUCCCACCACAGCAUCGCCUACCUGGACCCCGGCGGGCUGGGUGGCAUCCACCGGGUGAAGCUGGUGCCCGGCUACGCCGGCAUGCAGCGGCUCAGCAAGGGGGGGCACUACCCGCGGGGCUGCGCCUGCCGCCGCUGCCCGCCCGAGGAGGCGGCGGCCGCCGACUGGUUUGACGGCCGCUACGACGGCACCAUCUCCCCGGUGUGGACCAAGGACAACAUGGACCUGCCGCGGGACGUCCAGAGGUGGUGGAUGAUGCUGCAGCCCCAGUUCAAGUCCCACAACACUCACGAGGUCCUCGGCAAGCUCUUCCAGAUCGUGCCGGGCGAGGACCCCUACCGCUCCCGGGACCCGCGCCGCUGCCGCCGCUGCGCCGUGGUCGGCAACUCGGGCAACCUGCGCGGCUCCGCUUACGGGCCCGAGAUCGAUGGGCACGACUUCGUCAUGCGGAUGAACCAGGCCCCCACGGUGGGUUUCGAGGGCGACGUGGGGGGUCGGACCACACACCACUUCAUGUACCCCGAGAGUGCCAAGAACCUGCCUGCCAACGUCAGCUUCGUGCUGGUGCCCUUCAAGACCCUGGACCUGCUCUGGAUCGCCAGCGCCCUCUCCACCGGCCAGAUCAGGUUCACCUAUGCACCUGUGAAGCCUUUUCUGAGGGUGGACAAAGAAAAGGUGCAGAUCUACAACCCUGCCUUCUUCAAGUACAUCCACGACCGCUGGACGGAGCACCACGGGCGCUACCCCUCCACUGGCAUGCUGGUGCUCUUCUUCGCCCUCCACGUCUGUGAUGAGGUGAACGUCUUCGGGUUCGGCGCCGACAGCCGCGGCAACUGGCACCACUACUGGGAGAACAACCGCUACGCCGGCGAGUUCCGCAAGACCGGCGUGCACGACGCCGACUUCGAGGCCCACAUCAUCGACAUGCUGGCCAAAACCAGCAAGAUCCAGGUCUACAGGGGCAACUGAGGAAGGCUGCACCUCCUCCUCCUCCUCCUUCUCCUCCUCCUUCCUCCUCUUCAGCGACCGGCCG